CGAGAUGGUUCGGGGGUAUCUUAACAGUGAACACUCCUGCCAGAAACACUUUGUUGAGGUUAAAGUUGGGACUGAUUCUCCGGCUUUUGGAGGUGCGCUGGUGGACUCCCCCCGUGUGUUUCUCUCUGAUUUCUCUAUCUCUGGGUUCGACGAUACAAUGAGUCGGUUGGAGUUGUAUGGUUGUAAGCAGCUUCCUCAAAAAGGUACACUGACCGACAAGACCGAUCCGACUGCACCGUGUGGUCCGGGACCUUACACCCUCUUGUGGGCGUGGUACAACGGACAAUCACCUGUUAAACUUCCGGGGGAUAUAGCCGUUCUUGCAGGGUAAGCACUGUUGGUAUAAUUAUAUUAUUAAGAUUUGUAAGUAAGAUUUUGUAAUUCUUAUUACAUUACUUUCAGAA